CAGUAAGCUGGGCCUCCUCUCAUCAUCCCCAGCCAGGCAGAGCUGCUGACAGCUGCUGGAGUCCCUGUGCCAGGCCCUGUUCUCUGCAAGUCCCCAGCCUCAGCCCCUCCAUGGCCCAGAAGGAAGCCGCUGUCCCGGAGGCCGCUGAAGCCCCAGCGCCCGCCUCCCAGAAUGGGGAGGACCUGGAACACUUGGAAGAGGACCCUGAGAAGCUGAAGGAGCUGAUUGAGUUGCCCCCCUUUGAGAUCGUCACAGGAGAACGGCUGCCUGUCCACUACUUUAAGUUCCAGUUCCGGAACGUGGAGUACAGUUCUGGGCGGAACAAGACCUUCCUCUGCUACGUGGUAGAGAUGCAGGGCAAGGGGGGUCAAGUGCAGGCGUCGCGGGGUUACCUGGAGGACGAGCAUGCCACCAACCACGCCGAGGAGGCCUUCUUCAACACCAUCCUGCCCACCUGCGACCCGGCCCUGCGCUACAACGUCACCUGGUACGUGUCGUCCAGCCCCUGCGCGGCUUGCGCUGACCGCAUCGUCAAAACCCUGGGCAAGACCAAGAACCUGCGCCUGCUCAUCCUGGUGGGGCGGCUCUUCAUGUGGGAGGAGCCCGAGGUCCAGGCCGCUCUGAAGAAGCUGAAGGAGGCCGGCUGCAAGCUGCGCAUCAUGAAGCCCCAGGACUUCGAGUACGUCUGGCAGAAUUUUGUGGAGCAAGAAGAGGGCGACUCCAAGGCCUUCGAGCCCUGGGAGGACAUUCAGGAGAACUUCCUCUACUACGAGCAGAAGCUGGCGGACAUCCUGCAGUAGGCCCCUGGGCCCGGCCUCACGUCUGCCUGCUGCCGAGACAGUAGUGACAUGCAUGGCCAUCUGGAACAACUGUGUCUUCCUAAUGCCACUUGGAGCCAGACAGCAUCCAACACCAACCGAGCCGCCUGGACAGGGCCUUGAGGACUGCGAUGCACGCCUCUCAUCGUGGGAUGCACGCCGGCUGUGCUUGCUCUCAGGAUAGCGCAAAGUGAGCAGCCUGGAGACAGACGCAACCACCUGUGGGCAGCAGGCACCAUGGGGCCGAUGCUCCUCACUGACUGUGAAACGCAAAGCCGCAGUCACACCCAAGGUGCAGGUCUUUGAAAUACACCCAGAAAUGCAUUUAUGCUGUUGUUUUCAAAAACAGCAGAAUCAAUAAAAGAACUGAAGUGGU